CUCGGUUAUUUUUGGCGCUCCCCCAACGGUCACACCAAAGCGAGCAGCGAUUUUCAUCCGUUAAAACGACUUAAGUUUUCCUCCUAUUUCGGGCCCUGCGCCACGGCAGUUCACUUUUGUUGGUGGCUCGAGUGCGACGGCAGCGGAAAACGCUUUUCCAGGCAGAGUGCGUCAUUAGUUGCCUGCAAGUCAGCCAAAGCCAUUACUUGUAAUUGCGCUGCAAAGUGCGUAAUUAGAGCUUGAGGAAAACUGCGUUUUCCGCAAAUCCAGAACGUGUUCCAUAUUUCUAAAAACCCACAAAUCAAAUCGCGUUUCGUCAACCGCCGUCCGCUUAGGCAGUACAAUUUAAAAAACAAAAAACAAUAACAAAUACAAAUACAAAUCUACAAGUUGACGCGAAAAACAAUACGUUAGUGCAGACGCCAGACAAAGGAAUCGGUAUUCGAGAUGGCGUUCAUUUCAAAAGAUUUUCGGUCGCCCGGCGAAACAUGGAUCAAAACCGAUGGCGGCUGGGAGAUGUCCAAGGUGCUGGAGUGCGGCGGCAAGCGGAAGCGUCACCACUCUGAGGGCAGCAGUAGCAGCUACCAGGAUGCCAGCAGCGACAGUUCCACAGAGGACGAGUCGGCGGGGAUGCCGCCCCAUUACCACAUCACCAUUCGGUGUACACGUGAGAUUGCCGGAUUCAAUGGCCUCAGUGAGGCUGUAAAACGUCUGGAUUUUCGAAGAUCAGUGCGAGAUCGUAAGCGUUUCCACUACAUCUGUGCUUUCCUGCUGCUCGUGUCCAACAAGGGCAUAGCCAGCCUGCCAGGCAGUGCCCAGCGGCAGCUGCUCCAAAUGGUUGAGGAAGUGGCCUCGCAUGUAAAUGACAGCCAGCAACAUCCUAAUGUUUUGCGUGGUCUGGCCUUAAAGCUGGAGCACAUUGUCAACCAGGAGAACCAAAAGUGCUGGGGCAAGCCGCUGGGCAGCACCUACCUGUGGAAGGAGCACAUGGCCACCAUCAAGCGCAUACAGCGUGUGGCCAGCCAAAUCGAGAUUAGGGAGCCCGAUCCCGAGGCCAAGCCCAAGCUGCACGAGCUGCCGGAGGAGUGCGUCCGUGAGAUUAUCUUGUGCAUUGCCGACCAUCGGGACCUGGAGUCCGCCGCCAAGGCUUGGGACACCAUGGCCAAGCUGGUCUCCGAGCAGCGCAUCUGGCGCGAGCUGACGCGCUUCCACUUCAAUCAGCGCCAGAUUCACACCAUCCUCGACCUGGACAAGUUCAAGCAGAUGGGCGAGAUCAAGGACUGGAAGCAGAUCUACCACCAGUUGCGUCGCACGUACGGCGUCAACGAUGACUACCAGUUUGCCGAGGUGCUGGCCCUGUGCCGCUCUUGCUGCUGCCUCUUCUGGCCAUCGGAUGGACAUCCGUGCAUUGUGGACCAGAGUCCUGACUACAAGCAGCGAGUGGAGGAAGCGGGUGGCCAGCUGGCCUUGGCUCAGCCCGUGCCCCCGGCCCAGUUUCUCAAGUACUUCUCGUUGUAAGCGGAUCAGACCAAGGGAGAGAGAUUAGAGAUAGAGAUCGAUAUGUAUUUUUAGGGAGAGAGAGAGGAGUGAAUGGUGUCCCUGUCCAUGGAUAAGUUGUUUGGCUGCGAGUGAAAGUCUUUAUGUGCGUGUUAAAGUUUUACCCUAAGAGAAGGGAUGAUGGAGGCGGAUGAGGAGUGGUUUAGAAAGCAAAGUGAUAAAGAUAUCCCUAAUCUAUAACUACAUUAUAAUCGUUUCGACUGGUUUGCAGAUUUGUGCAGGUUAAGAUUCAGAUUCUAGUUCAGUUCUCUGCCUUUGCCAACGCUCUUUUUGUAUUGUUACCAGUUUAUAGGGUCGAAGUCUGAACCACUAUCUGUGCAGGACCGAAGAUUACUAUUAGUUGUGUAGAGAUCAGGCGUGUCAGGGUCCAAUUCGGGGAGAUCCUUGAGAUUUGCAGUUGCUAUAGACUUUUUAAGGACACGCAACAUAAAAACAAACUGCCACAAAAGAAACGAGAAUAAGCGAUUAUUUUGUUGUCAAACUGAAUCGAGAAACUAUUUUUAAAAAAACCAGUAUAUAUAAUGUGUAAUUAUUACCGAUUUGUUCAUUUUAAGACAAACGACGAAACACACUCACUUUUAUGCAUGUCUUUUGAUCGCGAUCUAUUUGUAGGACUUAAGUGUAGUUUCUUUUACGUCUGUAUCAAGCUGCUUUUGGUGCUAAAUCUUACUAUAAGUUCCAAUCAAAGAAAUCAAAUCAAACCAGGCUCUGAAUACCCCGUCCCCCGAUCCGCGUAGUUCCGUGUAGAAGAGUAGAAGGAGAAAUCAUGUGAUGUUGCAGGAAGCAAAGCUAGAAACGAAUACACCUACCUAACGAUAACAAAUCUUCAAGCGAUCUGCCGCUAAGCAAUGCUAUAUAUACAAAUAUUAGAGAUCGAGCAGAGAUUACGAUUAUGAUUACCUUAACCAAUGCUAAGGCACACUGGCAGCUAAGUAUAUCACAGAAAAGACCUUAUAAAAACAGGAUCUGUAAGGCCAAAUCGUAUGACAUUACUCAUCUUGUUUUUACAAGUUUCCUGGCGGACCUAUAGAUAAUGUUAAUGUGUAUAGAUAUAUCCUUUAGUAGAACCUCCCGACAACCCGGCCUCAUGAUUUCCUUUCCCUGUACAAAAUAUCUGUUCGAUCGCAUUACUAUUACUAUACUUAAUUACUAUUGUAAGUAUGAAGGUUUUUAGCAUUCUCCGAUUAUUAUGCGUUUGCGAAAUAAAUCUCUGAUUUUAUGUUUACAAUAAACUUGCAAAUAUCUAUGGA